AUGGCUGGUGGGGACACCGUCACACCUUGCCGCUCCGACACAGUCAGCUCUGGUCGCCGUGUGGGCAGCUUCAGCUCUUGCUCAGCAAUGCCCCCCCAGAACCUGAACCACUUCCGGGCCAGCUCUGUCUCCUGCAGGAGUGGGCCCCGCUUCCAGGGUCUUAGCAGCUUCGGCAGUGUCAUCAGGUUUGGAUCGUGCUCACCCCGGAUAGUAGCUGUGUGCCCUCGGCCCAUCCGCUACGGAGUUGGCCUUGGUUCUGGCAGUGGGAUGGCCUUUGGCUUUGGUGAUGGGAGUGGUGCUGGUCUGGGGUUUGGAGCUGGCAGUGGCCUCGGCGGCCCUGGCUUUGGCUACCAAGUUGGAGGAGCUGGAGUGCCAGCAGCCCCGUCCAUCACAGCAGUGACUGUUAACCAGUGACUGCUGACCCACCUCAGCCUGGAGAUUGACCCUAAUGCCCAGAGGGUGAAGAGGGAUGAGAAGGAGCAAAUUGAGACCCUCAACAACAAAUUUGCCUCCUUCAUCGACAAGGUGUGGUUCCUGGAACAGCAGAAUAAGCUCCUAGAGACCAAGUGGAACUUCCUCCAAGAUCAGAAAUAUGCCAGGAGCAACCUGGAGCCCCUCUUCAAGAACUACAUCACCAACCUGCAGAGACAGCUGGACGUAGUGAACAGCGAACGGGCCCGGCUGGAGGCUGAGAGGAACAACGUGCAGGAUGUCCCUGAGGGUUUCAAGAAGAAAUAUGAAGAGGAGGUGGAACUCCUGGCCAACGCUGAGAAUGAGUCUGUGGCUCUGAAGAAGGAUGUGGAUACAGCUUUCUCAAAUAAGUCUGAUCUAGAGGCCAACGUGGAUACCUUAACUCAGGAUAUCAACUUCCUGAAAACCCUACACAUGGCGGAAAUCCAGUUGCUGCAGUCACACAUCUCUGAGACCUCAGUCAUCGUGAAGAUAGACAACAGCCGGGACCUGAACUUUGAUGGGAUCAUCGCCGAUAUCAAGGCCCAGUAUGAAGAGACUGCCAGGCGCAGUCGGGCUGAUGCAGAGGCCUGGUACCAGACCAAGUAUGAGGAGAUGCGGGUGACAGCUGGCCAACACUGUGACAACCUGUGUAACACUCGGGAUGAGAUCAAUGAGCUGACCCACCUGAUCCAGAGGCUGAAGGCAGAGAUCGAGCACGCCAAGGCUCAGCACUGCAAGCUGGAGGCCACUGUGGCCGAGGCAGAGCAGUGGGGCGAGGCAGCCCUCAGCGACGUCAAGUGCAAGCUGGCGGAGCUGGAGGCUGCCCUGCAGCAGGCCAAGCAGGACAUGGCACGGCAGCUGAAGGAGUACCAGGAGGAGACGAAUGUCAAGCUGGCCCUGGACAUCGAGGUCGCCACCUAUAAGCGCCUGCUGGAAGGCGAGGAGAGCCACUAAGUGCUCUCAGUGCAGCAGGUGGGAGUGGCGGUGAGCAGCUCCCGGGGCGGCCCGGUGUGCGGGCCCGAGCCUCUGGUCACCACCUGCAGCCUCUCCGGCGGCGGGGUCACCAUCUCGGGCCGCAGCAGCAACCGGUCCAGCGGCUUCUGCAGCUCGAACGUGGGCGGGGCCCAGGUCGUGGGCGGUGGGGACCCGCUGAGCGCGGGCUUCCAGGGAGGGAGCUCCGUGCUUGUGGGCGAGACCUGCGCCCCCAGCGUCCCCUGCCCGCUGCCCACCGAGGGCGGCUUCAGCAGCCGCGGUUGCAGCGUCCGCUUCGUGUCCACCACCACCUCGAGCCGAGCGCCGACCAGCCACCAACCAGGAAGAACCAUCUCCACGGCUUCUGCUUCUGUCCCCAAAGUGCCCGGACUCUGGGCCGAGGGCGCUCUAGGUACCCAUCCUGCCAAGAAGCCGAGGGCUGCUCUGCCUGGCCUGUGUCCUCUGGGGGGAUUUUUUUUCACCACCUAA